GGGGGCGGGUGCUCAGGGCCCGGCGGGAGGUGGAGGGAGGAAGUACCCAGGAGGGUGAUGACAUCACAGCCCAGCCCUUGAAAGAUGAGCUGUUCCUGCCGCCACUCCAGCUCACUCCCUCCUCAGAGAGGAGGGGACAUCAGACAGCCCUGCUGGACUCCGGACAGGAGAGCGACCGAGGUGCCCGCGCAGCCCCCUCCGGACAAGGCGCAGUCUCUGCUGUCCCCGUGUCAGCUCCGUGACGAUUUCUCCCGUCCCGGCGGAGGUUUGAGCUGUGACAUCACACCCCCAACCCAGCACCGGUGAGGCCUCACUCCCAUCCGCUCUGCGUCCAAAUGUGGUCUGUCUGGAAGAGACCCACAUUCCUGUCUGUUUAUGAAGAGCCGGUGCCCACCACGGUCCCCUCCAGCGCUGCAAUGUUCAACCUCACCUCGGGAGUCCUUCUGUCUGCUCUCAACGGGACCCAUGUGGAGAGCCACGGCUGUGUCCACUCCGACUGGUGGGGCUGGCUCAACACCAUCCAGGCCCCCUUCCUCUGGGUGCUGUUCGUGCUGGCGGCGCUCGAGAACGUCUUUGUCCUCAGCGUCUUCUGCCUGCACAAGAGCAGGUGCACGGUGGCGGAGAUCUACCUGGGCAACCUGGCCGUGGCCGACCUGAUCUUGGCCUGCGGGCUGCCCUUCUGGGCCAUCACCAUCGCCAACAACUUCGACUGGCUCUUCGGGGAGGCCCUGUGCCGCGUGGUGAACACCAUGACCUACAUGAACCUGUACAGCAGCAUCUGCUUCCUGAUGCUGGUGAGCAUCGACCGGUACCUGGCCCUGGUGAAGACCAUGUCCGCGGGCCGCCUGCGCGGCGUGCGCUGGGCCAAACUCUACAGCCUGGUGAUCUGGGCGUGCACGCUGCUCCUGAGCUCGCCCAUCCUGGCCUUCCGGACCAUGAAGGACUACAGAGCCGAGGGCCACAACGUCACCGCCUGCAUCAUCACCUACCCGUCGCGCAGCUGGGUGGUGUUCACCAACAUGCUCCUGAACGUCGUGGGCUUCCUCCUGCCCCUGAGCGUCAUCACCUUCUGCACGGUGCAGAUCAUGCAGGUGCUCCGCAACAACGAGAUGCAGAAGUUCAAGGAGAUCCAAACGGAGAGGAAGGCCACGGUGCUGGUCCUGGCCGUGCUGCUGCUGUUCGUGCUGUGCUGGCUGCCCUUCCAGAUCAGCACCUUCCUGGACACGCUGCUGCGCCUGGGCGUCCUCUCGGGCUGCCGGGACGAGCACGUGGUCGACGUCUUCACGCAGAUCGCCUCCUACGUGGCCUACAGCAACAGCUGCCUCAACCCGCUGGUGUACGCCAUCGUGGGCAAGCGCUUCCGCAAGAAGUCCCGGGAGGUGUACCAGCGCCUCUGCCGGGCGGGGGGCUGCGCGGCACAGCCCAACCUGACCGAGAGCUCCAUGGGCACGAUGCGGACCUCCAUCUCGGUGGAUCGGCAGGUCCACAAACUGCCGGUGUGGGUGGGCAGCAGCCAGUGAGCGGAGGCGCCUGGGCCACCUUGGAUGUGUGUGAGGGCUCGUGGACGGUCGCUCCGCAGGGUGUGCCUAGCUAGGAACGGAAGUCAUCCCGCGUGGGACCGUGGGCAACGGGUCGGCGUCUGCGGUAAACCCGGGAGCACGAUUCCUGCCCGGCCCGGGUUGCCGCAAGCACAGAUGUGUGGAUGGGGCGACCCCGCGAAGAGGCAAGGGCUCCAUCAGCGCGACAGCAUUAUUCUUAUUUGCUGCCACACCGGGGCCGGGUCUGCUUCUUCCCAGGAGGGGAUGGGACCUGGGGACAGGGACAGGAGUGCCUGAGCUUUCCUCCCACGUGGUGUCCCCCCCACCCCCGCCUGCCCCAGCGUGACAGCUCAGGACUCCAGGAGAACCAGCCCCCAGCUUUGGUGCGGGGCUGAGUGCGUGCGCCGUGCCUGGCCGGGUGCUGCCACUGGGCCAGGACUGCGGAGGCUGAUGCUGCAGACGAAUGAAAGUGAACCUCUGAGGGUCCGUGGUGAGACCCAGGAGAUCAGGACCCUGUCACUCCCCUUGCCCACAGACAAGAGGGUCUAUGCCCAAGAAGGACCCAAUAAGCACUAAUCCGGCACCUGCUGUGCACCUACAUGGCAUUGAACACGGAAGGCAAGAGGCUGGAAAGAGAAAGGGCAGGCUCUGUCUGGAAGGAGCUCGCAAGCUCUAGUGGCCCCUGGAAGUCUUCCCUGAGGCACGGUCGAGCAAAUCCUGGGUGCUACGCAGGGCAGAGGGGCGAGGUGCCUGAUGACCCAGCUCCUCUGACAGCUGCCUCGGUUUCCCCCUCUGUCACGUGAGGCUGUGAGGCUUAAAGGACGGGACUGGCAUAGACGUACUUUGAAAAUCCAUUGGUGCUACGUGAAUGUGAGGUGUUGUUAUGCACACGGAACGGGGUCUGGGGGGGACAGAACCUGGAGGACCAGACCAGGAGGGUCUGGGCGUCAGGCAAAGCGCCCACAAAUCCUGACCAGUUCAGCUCCAGAUUUUAAAGCAAGAAGGGUCAGGAACGAUUCCCUCCCCAUUCCAGCUCCCCACCGCACCCCAGCCCCGCCAGCCACGCCCUCCGCCCAGUAAACACAUGCCCUUGGAGCUGGCAGGAGAAAACGGGGAAGAGGAAGGAGGGGCCGUACAGUGUUGGAAGGAAGCUAAAUGACGCACAUGUUGGGAGUGGAAGAGAAAGGCCACUUUGCAACUUGUGUGGCCCUCACUCCUCAGUGGGUGCGGUUGGUCUGAGGGUCUCCUAGGAGCAGGGCCUCCUCAGGGCCCUGGGCUCCCAGCAAUCCCUGAGACCACACGUGGUCUGAAGAGCCGGGGCUGUUCUGCAGGAGGGGAGCUGCCUGGGGGUGGUGCCGGCGCCUCAGUGAAGGACACCUGCCCUGCGAGCGCCUCAGAGAGCUGCCGCCGCUUUGUAAGGCGGGCGCACGGCACAGACGACAAGAGACUGGUUGCCGGUGCAAACCGCGUGCUUCCUGAUUAACAGCGUGAAUGGAGGGGUGUCUGCACGGCUCCUCCUCUUGUUCCGGCUCCCAGAGCCCUGCGCCACCUCCGGACGCCGCCAGUGGCAGUCAGGAGCCCUGGGGCUUCCGCUCGUUUCUGCCGAACCUCCUGCACGGCUCUGCCCUGAGGCUCCGUGGUGUCUGAGCCUCUGUGGGGCGUGCCCUUCUGAGCAAAAGGGUUUUAACGCCACGGGCCACAUACGUAUACUUACUCACACGUAUUGCAACGCACACUCUGAAAGAGACUCAAGUAGAAAUUGAAGAAAAUGAAAUAGGAUUUGAACACUUCCCCCAUCCUACACUCCUCCAUUGGCAACUCUGCGCCGAGCUCCCACCAGGGGCUUGGGAGGCCCAGAAUCAUCGAAUGGCGGUGAUUCCACCAUUUGCACAUGUAAUAUAUAUUUAUGGAGUGCUUUUCAUCUGACCUCUCUGCCAAAUCAGCAGCGUCCUCUCCAAGGUCCAGAUUAAAACAGUUGUCUACCCACUACUUGCAUACUCCCAGUGACGGGGAACUCACUAUCUACCCACUUGGGGUCCCCUUCAUUACUCAUCUAUUCAUCCAUUCCCUCAUUCGUUAAACAAAACUUGCCUUCUGUGUCUACGGGAACGGCACUGCCCAUCUGCACAUCUGUCCGUCUGUCCGUCCGUCCAUGCCAGAAAGCUGGGGCCCGCUAAAGAAUGCCCCCACUCCUUCACCUCCUCUGCUGAACGGGUCGGCAGCUCUUGGAUUUCACCCGUUUCCUGAAUCAUCUUCUUUCUCGGUGGUGCCUAACCACCUCUCUCACCGGUCUCCCCACCUGUGCUGUCAGCCACACUGUCUCCCAGUGCUUCGUCUCCGCUCUUGAGGCGAUGACGCCGUCGGAGAGUGCACACGCUGUCGCGGAGAGACGUGCAGCGUGCGGUGGUCAGGGGCUAAGGCUCUGGCGCCGGGCGGACCACGCUGGAAACCGGAACGGAUUCCAGUCCUGGUUCUGGCUCGGCCUCUCACUGCUCCGUGGUCUCGGGGAUCUCGCGCGUCCUUUCGGGGUCCACACUCACAUCCGUAAAAUGGGGGGGAUGACGGCCCCUAUCUCGAAGAACUGCCAACAGAACUGGUGUGUGGAAGUGUUUGGCACGGUGCCUGGUACGCAGCUGGCACCCAGCAUGUGUGAGCUGUCACGAUGGUGAUGGUGAGGAUGGUGGUGAUGAAGAUGAAGACAACGGUGAGAGUGCCCGUGGAACCCUCUAACAGGAAACCCCCUUCCAGUGUCCCACUCCAGCUCUGAGCCCACAUCCUGCUCUGACCAGUGUGGCUCAGUGGGUCGGCGGCGUUCCCUAAAGCGAAAGGUCGCCGGUUCAAUUCCCGGUCAGGGCACGUGCCUGGGUUGCAGGUCCGGUUCCCGGCUGGGGCAUGUGUGGGAGGGAGCUGGUCCAUGUGCCUCCCACAUCGAUGCUUCUCUUCCCCUCUCUCUCCCUGCCUUCCUUUCUCUCGAAAAAUAAAUAAAUAGAAUCUUUUUUUUUUUAAAGUUCCA